AUUUAAUUCCCCGGAAGCAGAGAGCUCAUGGCCGUAUGUCACAAGGUCACGUUGGAACAUGGCCCACUCAGACUCAGUAAAAGCGAGUGUACCGUCCUAUUUAAAGGAGGCACAGAUGAUUAAACAGGGCGCUGAAGCCCGUGUAUAUCGAGGUAAGUUUUUGGGUCGGUCCGUGAUUAUUAAAGAGAGAUUCCCAAAAUUAUAUCGCCACCCUGAAGUCGACGAGAAACUGACGCGCCGCAGAACCACACAGGAGGUGCGAUCCAUACUGCGAUGCAGGAGAGCAGGUAUCAACGCACCCGUUGUUUACUUUGUUGACUACACCACUCAUUGCAUUUUCUUGGAGGAUAUUAUUCACUCAGUGACAGUAAAAGACCACAUAGCAUCGGCUCAAGCAUCAGAACAAAACCCACAGGAUCUCCAGACUCUAGCAGACAAGAUUGGUGAAACCCUGGCUCAGAUGCAUGAUGAAGAUGUCAUCCAUGGUGAUCUCACCACCUCCAACAUGCUUCUGGUCAGUGGAGCUGAAGACCAGAACAUGAAGCUGGUUCUGAUUGACUUUGGGUUGAGUUAUAUUUCUGCUCUACCGGAAGAUAAAGGAGUUGAUCUGUACGUGUUGGAGAAAGCUUUUCUCAGCACUCAUCCCAAAACUGAGACUUUGUUUGAGAGACUUUUGAAAAGUUACACUGCUUCAUCCAAAAAGUCACCUGCGGUCAUCAAGAAACUGGAUGAAGUUCGAUUGAGAGGACGGAAGAGGAGUAUGGUGGGAUGAAGUGCAGUACAGCAUGUAUUCUGGCAUUGAAAUGGUUUCACACAAGAUUUGCUACAAGCUUAGAGCUGUAGUUUGAUGUUGGAAAUGUAGUCAUCUUUUUAGUACAUGAAUGUGUAGGGUUUUUUGAUGCACUGAACAUAACGUAAUGAAUGGUUCAAUCUCAGAUUCUCCAGUUCACUGUGGGUGCAUAAGAGAUACCAGCUGAUGUCUGGCCCACCUGAUCAAUUUUUAAUGAAUGUUGGUCAAAGAGUAAUUUUUUUUUUCAUACUGUACUGUUUCAUCUAUAGUUCAAUAUAAUUAAUACUAAUUGGCAAAAAAUGUCAGUGGAAUUUUUUGGGCUACUAAAAACAUGCAACUCACCAUGUUCAGUGUGCUUCAAAGGCCUGCGAAUGAAACCAUUAAAAAAGUGCAUUCAA